UAACGCCAAGGUUGCCAUUCCUCCAUUGCCCCAAGUGUCUCCUUGGAUAACACGCUGUUUUUUACCCCUUCCGCUUUUCAAACCUACAACUUGUUGCGUCUGCCAGUUUGCGUAAAGAUAAAAUGGGUGUUCUCUACUUGUUCCUAGUACUCGUAAUCCAGGGUGUCAUGUCCCAAGAAGAGAUGGACUCUUCUACACUCCCGACGUCUUCUCCUACAACAAUUCCAGAAUUAACUACAGGUCUAGAGACAAAUGAAACUUCCAGCAACGUAUCCAGUACAGAAGAAUCUCUUGCUACGUCUGAAGUAGAAGCUCUCGUAAAAGAUUCGGAAAUGGAAAAUACAAAUUCUACAGCAGUCCAGUCUGUCAGCACGGAAGACACUAUCGUUGAAUCUAUCCCAUAUGUAACAGAGGAUGAAAGCCAGCAAAACCAGACUUUACCACCUGCGAAACCAACUGCUGAUUUUGGCAACGGUGCAUCCCCUCUCGCGCAGUCUGGACUUUUUAUUUUUCUUCCCAUGUGCUUCCAGCUUCUGAGAUCACGCUUUCUUUGCCGCUUAUAGGAAAAUCCUUCCAUCUGAAAGUUGGAAUUUAAUUUAUUCAUUAUCAAGCAUUUUAUGAUAAUGCAACUUGUAAAUAAACAGAUUUUUUGUUUAGUGUGUUACAAAACUUUUGAAUUAUUAUGUCAACUCUGCGAGCUAUCUGUCUAGUCUUUGAAGAUCAGACUUGUUCUACUCCGUCCUUGCAGCUAUAGUUGAUGUUUUAUCGUCUAAAAUGUUUUAGUUGGAUCAUAAAUCAGUUCUGUUACCUCAACCUCAAACUUGUUGCAGCAUUAGUUCAACAUUCCUGAACCGCAUUUUCGAAGUUUUAAUUAUGUAUUGCAGAUUUUUAAAGACUGAAUUGGCGGCGUUUUUACUGUUGGUAUUCUAAAAAUGAAGUGUAAAGUGUUGUAUUAAUUAAAAUAAAGUGUAAUACGAUAUUCCCAUAAA